AUUGAAGAUAAAAAUAAUCUGUCACAUGAUAAUGAAACUUGAAAUAAAAGUAUAAUUAUUCCGGAUAUCAACAACCGGAUAACAACUACUUUUCAUUUGAACAAGUUACAUGUCGUCGGUGCUUUUACUGAUAUAACAGCAUAUAUUAAUGAUUUAAACAUACAGAUAGAUUUGACAAAUGGCGGAGGGGAAACUGGAAAUGUACCGGCCUAACUCUCCAAGCCGGCAACCGCUACAUGAGAGUGACGGCAUAGCAGAAGGUGAUAUUGGUUGCUGUGGUUACGUACUUAUCGGCUUGUCUUAUCUUUUAGUGAUCGUAACCUUUCCGUUUUCUCUCUUUUGGUGUUUGAAGGUCGUACAAGAGUAUGAACGGGCAGUUAUAUUUCGGCUUGGUAGAAUCAAAUCCUCCAGGGCACAGGGGCCAGGUCUGUUUUUCCUCCUACCAAUUGCCGACACCUUUGCAAAAGUGGAUCUUCGUACAUUCAACUUCAACAUUCCGCCACAAGAGAUAUUAACAAAAGAUUCCGUAACAUGUGUGGUGGAUGCUGUCAUAUAUGCACGUGUUUUCAAUGCUACAAAAUCAGUCGUCAAUAUUUUGAAUGCACGUGCCUCCACGAACCUGCUAGGGGCGACAACUCUUAGGACUAUAGUGGGUACAGUAGGCCUGGCUGAACUUUUGUCAGACCGUGAGAGGAUAGAUAAAACCAUGAAGAAUACUUUAGACCGAGCCACUGACAAUUGGGGAGUAAAAGUGGAAAGAGUAGAAAUCAAAGAUGUACGACUGCCAGUACAGAUGCAGAGAGCUAUGGCUGCGGAAGCGGAAUCCGCACGUGAAGCAAGUGCAAAGAUUGUGUCUGCUGAAGGAGAACUGAAGGCGUCCCGUUCACUGAAGGAAGCAGCAGACGUUCUUUCCGAGACGCCAGCCUCCUUACAGUUACGUUACCUGCAGACGUUACAAAGCGUCUCCGAGGAACAAAAUCAUACCAUCGUAUUCCCAAUGCCUGCAAAUCUGUUUUCGGCAGGUGUGAGACAAACGCUGGGCCGGUUAUCGGGUUCACUAGCAGGUGCACAGUCAAGCCAAAGCGGCCAGCCACUGAUCGAUUUACAGCAGAUGCCAGAUAACGCACAGUUUUAAACAAUGCGUCAAACAACAUUGGAAGCAGACUUUGUAAGAAUGUGACUUGAAAAAAAAUACCCUACAACAUAAAAAUAACUUGCAAUAAGAAUUUUCUGUUAAUUAGUAAUAUGUAAGGACUUGUAUCAUACAUGCUUGUGUGUGUGACACAGGAUGUAUGCUAAUAUAUAACUGAGGAUGAGGGUAAUGUUGUACUUGCAUUAUAGACCUGCCACUUAAAACUCUGUCUGCACAACGUAUAUUUAGGCAAGUGCAGUACUUUACAAAAAUAAAUGUGAACUGCAGUAAUGCUGAUAUUGAAGUCGGAUAUUUUUUUCUUGUCAAUUGCAAUUUCUACAUUAUGCAUGUGUCUGGUGUAUUUUGCAUUUUAGCUGUUGGAUGUGUUGAUUUACAUAUUUCAGCUGUAAGAUAUCUUUAUUUCCAUCAGAUAUGUUAAUGAAAUAUUUCAGCUGUCAGAUUGUUAUAAUCUACACGUUUUAGCACUUGUGCUUGAUUAUCAAAUGCUUAUACUGUCGGAUAUGUUAAUCAAAUGUUUCAGCUGUCAGAUGUGUUAAUUGACAUGUUUCAGCUGUCAGAUGCGUUAAUUGACAUGUUUCAUCUGUCAGAUGCGUUAAUUGACAUAUUUCAUCUGUCAGAUGUGUUCACGUUCUCGUGCAAUAACGUAUUAUUGCAGGAAUCGUCAACAACGAUGCUCUGUAUUGUAUCCAAUCCUAAUGUACUCAACAUGAAAAUAAUGUGCCUUGAAUGUCUUAAAAUGAUUUUUGUAACCGUUAUUUAUGAAUGUCGUUUAAAUGUCGGUCUUCCGUUUUUAACUUAUGUUCAAUAUGUAAACAGACGGAUAUAAUUUUUGUUAAAAAAAAACAAAACGAAAAUGACUGAAACGUUCGAAUUUUUUUUACCUUGCUUUCUGUGCGAGCGAUUGCAAAUGCACUGUCAAGCAGAGAACCAGCUACUGCAAUAUAUAAACCCACAAAGAGUCUUUCUAAAUAAAAGUUGUUUUCUUUUUGCUUACGCUUAUCUGCUCUAUGGUAUACCAGUAGAUGUACUUCACAAAUCUUUCAAUCUCAGUGAUGUUGAACAUUAGCAUAGUAAACGGACCGCUGACUAGCUUGUAAAAAAAAACCUAACCUGAGCCGCACCAUGAGAAAACCAACAUAGUGCAUUUGCGACCAGCAUGGAUCCAGACCAGCCUGCGCAGUCUGGUCAGGAUCCAUGCUGUUCGCUUUCAAAGCCUAUUGCAAUUAGAGAAACCGUUAGUGAACAGCAUGGAUCCUAACCAGAAUUCGCGGAUGCGCAGGCUGGUCUGGAACCAUGCUGGUCGCAAAUGCAAUAUGAUGGUUUUCUCAUGGUGCGGCUCAUCUGGCACUUUAUGCGUGUGACUACGGGUAUCAUGCUAUGUUACUUUAAUUACAUGCUGAAAUAAUCGAAUUUGUUAUUUACAAGAUACUCAGUUAAACCUUGGUCAUACAUCUACGUAGUGUUUUAUCGCAGUGUUUUACAUUUUGACACUCUGGUCAUCUACCUGCAUAAUAAAAAAGUCUCAUUUCUAGUUCACCAAAUGUGUGCAUCUUUAUUUUUCCAAAACGUUAUAUUCAAAACAAUCUGAUGAAAUUAUUGGAUAUUGGAAUAGACCUGCUAAAUUCAGAGAUAAAAUAAUAAUGGUUAAAUAAUAAAUCAUUUUAACUUGAUUAAUUAAAAUAAUUCGAGGGGUGAAUGCGAAAGAGGUCUAAGUGUAGAUAGAUAAAGAAGCACUUAGAAUUCUUUCGCGUUUACCUGUCGUAUAAUUUGUUAAGUAAUAGUUAUAGUAUGUGUGAGAGUGUGUUACCAGGAUAUAUCAGAGCUAGGGGUACAUCGAGGGUAUUUUUCUCUGCACAUAUCGUCGAGGCCGGUAGGCCGAGACAGAUAUGUGAAGAGAAAAAUAACGAGAUGUACCCCUAGCUCUGAUAUAUCCUGGUAACACACGAGCACUACAUAUUAUAACUGUUUUAUCGCAUAGUUUAUCAUUAAAAUUUAUAUAUCAUUUUCAUUUAAAUUUGUUUAUUAUUAUUUUUACUAUUUUGAUUCCCUUUCUGCGCCUCGCUGACUGAAACACUAAAACUUCUGUUUUAGAAAAUGUGUUCCCCAGAUAAAAAUACCCAACAAAUUUCUGCAUUGGUUUUAAAUCUUUGCAUUUCAUUGGCCAGACAUAUUGUAAAACUUGUUGUUUUGUUUGUAAAAAAAAUCAGAGAAAAAGAAACAUUUGAGAAAUCUCAGAAUUUCAUGUAUUUCUGAAUUUGGCAAUAACUAUCAAGUUUUUGAAAUAUUCUAGUUUAUUUAUUCUUUUACUUUAUAAAUGUAGGUGUUUGUGACAAUUCUUUCUCUGUGAACUGUAAAUUGGAGCUAAAAUCAUCUUUUCUUUGAAAGGAAAAAAUUAUACUCCCUUGAUAGGCCCUCAAUAGAGAAAAAGUGUUCCGAUAUAUAUCGGAACAGUUUUACUGUGCUGAUAUAUAUCGGAACACUUUUUUUCUUAUGAAACUCCAUAGAGAUUUCCGUGUUGAUAUAUAUCGCAACAGUUUUGUAAGUUAUCAGCACAGUUUUGUAGUAAUAAUGUGUGUUACUAUGUAUAACAUGCUGCAAAGAUCAAAGGAAAACUGCCGCACUAUGCGAUAAUUUUACAAAAUGCACAUUAGUUUGGAAAUAAUUUUGUUUGUAAACUGGGUACCCGCAUUAUGUCGGCUUCUGAAUGUUCAUUUUACGUCAUCACAGUAUGUGUUAUUAUUUUGUAAAAAUGUCAGUUGCUUGUUCUGUUCGUAUUUUACUCUGAAAAUAAACAUAACCAGUAAUUCUU